CUGUAGGCUACAGUAAGAAUAACAGAUGAAAACCAAAAUAUUUCUCUCCGUUCUUGUUUUUCAUGCAAAUUAGGUUCAGAUGAAUUCUUCUAACAAACGUAAAGAACAUUGUUCAUCAUCCUGUUUCAGUGUAACUAAAAGAUACAAACAGUAUUUAACAGUUUGGUGAGGAACAGAGUCAGGAUUUAGGUUUGGGGUUUAUUUAAUCUCACAUCCUGUCAGAUUACAGAGCAGCUUUARGCUGUAAUCCAGAUGUUUCCACAUGUGUCAAACACUUGAAAGUUUCUCAGUCUGCAGAAACAAAACUUCCUCUUAGUUUACAACACUUCUCAGCUGGUCUUAAAGCUGAGUUAGACACUUUUAAUCUGGAAACAGUAAAGUGGAAAUCAACUGGAUGAGCUGAAAGCACUGACAUGCAGGUAUGACAGGAGUGAGCUUUGUGUUUUAAUCUGAUGAGGAUCACAGACCGGUGGUGAAGCGGUUAGAACAGUCGUCUCACAGUCACAGGUUCGUCUCCCAGAAARCAUCUUUUAACCCUGAAUACAGUCAAGAAAAACGGAUUCAUGUCAAAUCCUUUAGACAGAAAAUUAAAAUAAAUAAACAUAAAUGUUAUAACAGGCAGUUUGCUAAAUGAUCACUUCUAAACUAAAACACCAGGUUUAUGUUUAAAUUGGGAAUAAAAACUCAGUUUUGGAUUACGGUCCGUUAACCGGAACAAAGUUCAACCAAACRCACUGAGUCAAUAUUUUCAAAAUAAAAUACAAUAUCCCACAAAAUUACCAGUGCCGCAAACAAAUUUCUGUUCAUAACAUCCGUUAUGUAUCCAUGUAUUUUUACAUUUCCUUUAGACAGUUUCAGAUGUGAAGGCACUGCUGAUACACUGUUUGGUUUUAUCUAAAGUUUUAUUUUGAAAUACUUGACCGGAUGUUAACUUUKCAACAAUUGCUAACGUGAUAGCGGUGGGUGAAAGCCGUCGGUUAUCUCCACGUCUACCGGAGGCAAGAACCAGCACGGACCGGCGGUACCGACUGUACCGAUGAUACCGGGUCUGUUUUCCACCGAGUUUACCGGAAGAGAGGCGCGUGAAUCCAGGGCAGACUCCCCGAGCAGCGCUGGAACACGAGCCGCGGAGAACACAGCUCGCCUCUCGGCGUCAAACCGGGAAUGUGACCGCGCUCGGCUCACCGUCUCUCCCGCCACCAUUUUAGUCCUCGGUGAUGGAGAACAUCCGGACUCCCAAGGUGGAAAAUGUCCGUCUCCUGGACCGGUCCUCAGGCCAGAGAAAAGCCACCGUUGGGACCCUCUACCUGUCCGCCACACACACCAUCUUUGUGGAGAACAACCCGGAGACACGCAAGGAGACCUGGCUGCUGCACAGCAUGGUGAGCAGUGUGGAGAGGCCGCCCACCACGCCCGCAGGAAGUCCACUGAUCCUUCGCUGUAAAGACUUCAGGGUCUUCCAGAUCCUCAUCUCCCAGGAGAGAGACUGUCUGGACGUCCAGGCCUCGUUGGUCCGUCUGUCCCGACCAGAGAAGUUCAGUGAGCUCUACUGUCUGUCCUUCAACCCCAACGUGAACAAAGAGGAGCGAGAAGAGUCCUGGACCUUCAUGGACCUGAUGGCUGACUACAGGAGGAUGGGGGUUCCCAACAACCUGUGGCUCCUCUCAGCAGCCAACAGUGAAUACAGGCUGAAUGCCAUGGCGAACAGAGCAGCAGGGAAGGGCUAUGAGAACGAGGACCACUACAGCAACAUCAAGCUGCAGUUCAUCGGCAUCGAGAACAUCCACGUGAUGAGGAGCAGCCAGCAGAGGAUCAUCGACGUUGGCGACAUGCGGUCUUCUUCCAUGACGGACUUCCUGUGGGGUCUGGAGAACUCUGGCUGGCUCAAACACAUCAAAGCUGUUCUGGACGCCGGAGUCUUCAUCGCCAGG